AUGACUCCAGGUUCAUCCAACUCACCAUCUCACGAAGUGAUGAAAGACAUUCUUGGAAAACUCCAAGAAAUGCAUGACGAAAUGAAAAAGCAUGAAACAAGGAUGGAUGCCAUUGCGGACCUAUGCCUUAGACAAGGUAGAAGGUUAGAGGAAUUAGAAAAUUCCACACCCACCCAAGGUGAAUCACAAUUCCGUGGUCACCAAGAUGAUAGAAGUGUCAAGCUAGACCUUCCCGACUUUGAUGGUUCUAGUGAUCCGGAAGUUUUUUUUGAUUGGGUACGUAGGAUGGAGAGUAUCUUUGAGUAUAAGGAGUAUGAUGAUGCUAGGAGUUGUAAAAUGGCGGUUCUUAAGUUAACCAAGCUUGCUGGGCUUUGGUAUGAUAAUCUAAAGGCCAAGAGGAGAAGAGAAGGAAAAGAUAAGAUUGAGUCAUGGAUGAAACUCAAGAAGAAGAUGGAACAACGUUGGGUUCCACAUGAGUAUGUGCAAGAUCAAUAUGUCAAAUUGACUCGCCUAGCUCAAGGUGAACGAAGUGUUGAUGACUAUGUGCGAGAGUUUGAGAAACUCAGUUUGGUGUGUGAUAUGCAAGAGAAGGAACCACUCAAAAUUGCCCGUUUCACUAAAGGGUUGUCUAAACCAAUCUCUAAUAAGGUGGAUCUCCUACCUUAUUCCACCUAUGAAGAGGUUGUGAAGGCUGCUAGAAAGGUUGAGGCACAACACAAAGAAGAUAAGCCAAGACCUACAUCUAGGCUUCCUUACAAAGCUUUUUCUUCCAUGGGAAAAGGCGAGGUUGCUUCUAAAUCCACUUUUACUCCUAACUCGUCCAAAGGUUAUGGAGGAAAAAACGGAUUCCAAGCAAGAAAUCCCCAAGAGGACGUGUUACAAAUGCCAUGA